AUGUGGUUAUGGAAGUCACUAUGUAUCACAAUUGUGGUAUAUUGCUGUCUGUUGAAAUCUUCUUAUUCUCAAGAUGUUACACUUGAUGAAGCACUUCAGUUACCCCGAAUCCACCGUAUGAUGUCCAAACCAAUCGAACCAAGGGGCGAAGCGUUUCCAAAUAUCACCGGUCCAGCAUCCUUCGAUUCAAGAAUAGCAGUCCUCGGGGCUGAUGCAGCCGGUGUUCACAUGGCUUAUAGGUUGAAGAAACUUGGGUAUACCAAUGUGAUUAUUUUGGAGCCGGAUGAUCACGUGGGUGGGGAUUCCCUGACUGUAUAUCAUAGAGGUGUGCGUCACGAACUUGGGACUGGUCACUUUCGAGUGGAGAACGCUGACAUCCUCUCAAUGAUUAUGGACUUUGGGAUGGGCCCAGUCCAUACUCUGGGCGAUAUUUCUUUGUGGCCUGACAGUGAGCAACACGAGGGAAUCUUGCAAUACUUAAUGAUUGACGCCAGUCAAAGAACAAAUGUCUCGAAUCCGGUCACUGUUCUCAAAAUGUUAUCCGACGCUGUGAUCACAUAUAUCGACAUACAUAGGGAAGUAUUUGGUGACUAUGAUGGUACGUUGAUGCAGCGUCCUCUUGAACACCACAUACAGAAGAUUAAUGGUACUAUCGAGGAUUUUCUACAACGUAACCGUAUCACUAUAUUAGAGUCGUUAUUUCGAAUACUGUUUACCUCUCAGGGGUAUGGUCACCUAGAUAAAAGCGCAGCGUUUUAUGCCUUGAUGUUUGUCACACCGCAACGGUUGAUCAGGAUGUUAGAGUCACUGGUAGAUCCAACAAACAUUGGGGACACUUACGUUUUGGAACGCGGAUUUUCAGCUUUAUGGUCAGAAAUUGUGGCUAAGGCUAAUCUUGAUGUUAGAUUUAAUCAGAAUAUUUCUUUCAUCAUUCGGACUCCUGAAAGAAUUGAUAUAUAUUACAAUUAUAUUGAAAAUUCAGGGAAUGUGGAAACGUACGAUUUUCUGAUUAUUGCCAGGGAUAUGAGUAAAGUUCUUGAUAUAUUGGACACGUCCUGGAUCGAGCGGCAGAUUUUUAGUCAUCUCACACCCUCGUUUAUGACGUCAUCCCUGAUUGAUACAAAUUUUGGUAAGCGUGGCCCCCUGCCAAGAGCCUCCUACAUGUUUAACAUCAAAUCAAGGACAGAUCAUUCCGUUUUGUAUCAUGAAGAUUCGUACAGUAUAUUGAACCACAUUCGUGGAACUAAUUACAGCCGCGGAUUAAUAGCGGGAGGAAAUGACGGUGAACUGUAUCAGUCUAUUGUAGUGCGACAAUUUGGGGAUUCAUUUCCGUCGACAGAAGACAUCAACACAGGAUUUUUGAAACAUGCAGAUUUAUACGGCAUUACACAUGGUCUGGUCUUAGCUAGGAAAACAUGGAACUAUUUUCCACGCUUUGGACCGGCGGAAGUAGCAGCAGGCAUUUUAUGGGAUAUAUUUACACUACAGGGACAGAAGAACACGUGGUUUAUAGGACCAUCGGUCUGCUUUGAAUCCUUAAAUAGUGUCAUUGAUUAUAAUAAUCGUAUCCUCCAGUACUACACGCUCUAA